UGCUCGGUCAUGUGAUCAGCUGUGUCCAAUCACAGCUGAUCACUGAUCAUCAGGGGCACUGAUGAUCAGUGUAGCCCCAGCAGCGCCACCUGUCAGUGUCCAUCAGUGCCUUGUGUUAGUGCUCACCAGUGCCACAUCAAUGCCACAUAUCAGUGCCCAUCUAAGCUGCCUUUCAGUGUCACCCAUCAGUGCCAGUCAAUGCCAAUCAGUGCUGCCUGUCAGUGCCGCCUAUCAGUACCAUGUAUCAGUGCUGCCUUUCAGUGCCCAUCAGUGAUGCCUGUCAAUGCCCAUCAAUGCCACCUAUCGGUGUCCAUCAGUGA